CCCGCAGUGCAGCGCAGCGCAGCUACAAAACAAACAAACCGCAAGUCUCUCCUCUGGUGACAACACACUCAAGAUGGUGCCCACGGCUCUAGACACGAGCGAACGUAGGUUCACUGACACUGCUUCCAAGGCGUCUAGCAAGACCAAGGAUGGGCGAUCCCCCACAAGUGCGCGAUCCCCUGCAAGUGCAAGUGCAGGUGCAAGUGCAGCUUCCCCUUCAAGCGUCAAAUCUCCCGUCGUCGUGCUGCCCGAUAGGCGCAUCGCGCCGAUGAGCGUGCCGCAUGGCUCGGAUGAGGACAUCUACAAAUUCUACAAGGCCGAGGAUUUCAUGGCGUGGUUCGAUGACGAUGCUCUCAAUGCAGCGAGGCAGGACGAUGCCUUUAGACCGAGGGACGCUUGUGCUGCACCCGUCAAGAGCAUCAAAGCAAAGCAGAAUGAUCAGCUCACCCUCGUCGUGGAGCUGGGCGAUGAUGGCGGAAUAGUGUUGGUGGAGGUGCUCCGCUUCGAUACGUUUAGACUGAGAUGGGGUCCCGGCAAAAGGAGCGCCAAAGAGUUCAGCUCGUAUCUCAGCCCCUCGCUCUGCACCAACGAGCUGGGCGAGUUGAGGAGGCGACUUGCGCAAGAUGAAGGUGUCGCUCUGUCUGCCGCUCUCACGCACGACUCGACCAGCACUGUGACUAGCAUAGACAAUGACAGCGUAGCAGACGACGCUCACGUCGAGUGGAGCAUCCGCGCAAACGGACAAGAGACGCUGCAGAUCCGCGUGUAUCAGGCACAUUUUCGAGUGGAAGCUUGGCGACACGUCAAGGAGAUCAGAAUGCCCGAUUCCGACGCUUCCAAUGCGCCCCACACGAAAUUUGCUCGCGUAUUCAGCACCGCUACGCAAGACUCUGCGGUCUCGGCUCUGCGCUGCAAGCAAGACGCGGAGGGCAACUUUGCCACUUUGUUGGCGGCGAGGAAACGUGGCAAGGCGCUAGGCUUUGGCGAACAAGGUGGUCUGGGAUUGUUCAAGGAUGAGCAGCUCUUGACGUACUUUAAUUACGACAAUAUGGGUUACUCUGGAGUCUAUGGACAGCAGGCGCUCCGAGCUAGCGAGCCAAUGUACCACUCUGAGCCAUUUUGGGUCGAGGUGGCUGCCAUUCCAGGUUACGCCUCCAGCGUGGGAUACUUUGUCGACGAUUAUUGCCAGACAUUCAUCGAUGUCGGCCAGCACUGCAACGCUUACCAGAUCGGCUCGCGAUUUGGCGACCUGGAACUGCACAUCACCUGUGCAGACGAUGUAGCGAGCGUGAGUCAUGCCCACGCCAGCUGCACUGGUCGUGGCAGGCUGUGGCCAAAGUAUGUGCUAGGCUAUCACCAAGGAUGCUACGGCUAUGAUACGCGCGAAAAGGUCAUCAAUGCGGCGAUGAAGCAUCGGCAGUACAAUAUUCCCCUCGAUGGUCUGCACAUCGAUGUGGAUCUGCAGCGCAAAUAUCGCACCUUUACCAUGGAUCAGGGGGAAGGAGGUCGUUUCCAAGACCCAAAAGGCAUGUUCGAGCAGCUUCGAAACAUGGGCGUAAAGUGCAGCACCAACGUUACACCCGUCAUUUCCAGCACGGACGAUGCGAAGCGGGACUACUGGCAAGAGGGCAGUGCUGCGCGCUCCCAGUAUGCCACGCUCGAUGACGGGCUCAAGAAGGGCGUCUUUGUCAAGGAGAGGCGGUACAAUGCGGGCGACGAUCGAACGCCAGAAUACGUUUGUUGGGAGGGGGGCAACGAGAGGCGCACUCGAGCGCAGUACAUUGAGAACUGGCAGACGGACACCGAGUACAGAGGGGGCGUGUCGUAUGGCAAGGAUCUGGGCACGAAUGGCGUCUAUCCCGACUUGGGAAGGAAGGAAGUCCGCGAUUGGUGGGGUGCGCAGUACAAGGAACUCAUCGACGCUGGCCUGUCCUUUGUCUGGCAAGACAUGACGACGCCGGCAGUUCGAGUGGAAAGUGGAGACAUGAAGGGGUUUCCAUUUCGGCUCCUGCUCUCGGACGACUCUUCUGCACGUCAGUCCAAGCGCGGUCACCUGCAACCCGCUCUGAAGGUUUGGAAUAGCUACAGCUUCAAUCUGCACAAGGCGACCUACAAAGGCCUGCAAAGGUUGAGACCGGACGAGAGACCAUUCAUCAUCGGCAGAGGCAGUUUCACCGGCAUGCAUCGCUUUGCCGCUUUGUGGACCGGCGACAACGCCAGUACCUGGGACUUUCUUCGUAUCAUGAUACAGCAAGUCUUGAGCGCUGGUAUCGGCGGCAUCACCUUUACUGGCGCAGAUACUGGUGGAUUCGAGAGGGAAGGAUUUACGGGAUCGUGGGCCGAUCCACAGCUGGUCAUUCGUUGGACAGUCGCAGCUAGCUUGCUGCCAUGGCUGCGCAAUCAUUACAUGGGCAAGCCCGGCACGAAGCUGUUUCAAGAGCCCUACGCGUACUACGAGCACGCAUCGCAGAUGGGAGAUCAAGCACCGCUAUACCGAGCGGUGCUGCCUAUUUGUCGGUACUACAUCCACUUGCGCUACACGCUGGUGCAGGCGCUCUACGAUUUGCACUUUAAUAGUCUUUUCGACGGGCUUCCCAUCGCGAGAAGCAUGUGCGCCACGGACCCGUGGGAUGAAGCCUUGUUCGGAGAGAGGCAGAAAUUCCUGAGCGAGCAGUACAUGAUUGGUCAUGCACUGCUUGUAUGCCCCGUCCUUUACAGCACGAGCGAGACUGCUCUGUCUUCGCAGAUCAAACAAGGCAUCGAAGACCUGUAUCUGCCUUGCGGCUCGCACUGGUACGACUUCAACCUGCACCUGCGCUCGACGGGAGAUGACGUCGCCACGCAACGACUUUCUCCCGCAUGGACGGCAUUGAAGGCUAGGCGAGCAGGCGGAAGGGUGUUGAAGUGGACGAGCAGUGUAGACCGGUAUGCUCUCGGUGACGUCGGUCACUUGCCCUACCUGCUGCCCAUCUUCGUCCGAGAAGGAUCCGUCUUUCCCACGCGCAAGAAUGAGCAAUGGAUAGGUCAGCUGGGUGCCAACCCCGUCACGCUCCACGCCUAUCCUCUUCGAGCGGGCCGGUCCGCGGGUCACUCGCUCUUUUUGGACGAUGGGAGGUCCGUGGCGAGUGCGCCCAAGGAGCUUCCGCAGUACGCCCACGAUGAGCUGGCAAAUACGUUUGCUCAGAGCAAGUACCGCCACUUGCGGUUAGAGCAGUCAGCAAGCGUGGUCGAUGGAGAGUACACUCGCACGAUCACGGUCGAGCUCAAGCAUGACGGCUGGGCGUUGGAGGAAGUCGCGAAGCACGUUGGAGCUAUGCAUACGCUUCAGCUGUGGCACGAUCCGAGGCAUGCCGCCAUUGCUGCCUCUGCGCGCGUUGCUUGCUCGGACCCAGCAGCCCAAAUCACGUACGAUGCCGCAAUGGCCUCACAUGUCGUCUCCUUUGCCGUCGAUGGCACUCAGAAGAGGAGCUUUACGAUCGUCUUUCCGAAAGGUUCUCCGACUUUGUAGCGUGCUUGUUCUGACAUCGUGGGCGUGUUCUUUACCAUUCAAUGUAUUCGUG